UAUAUAUAUGAGCAUCGUCGCUAAUAGUUACAUGUAUGUAGUGUUUCUUGCGCACUUCAUGAAAUGAUCCAGGUCAACCAUCAUUAUGGUCAAUUUGAAUGUGACCCUUUGUUUCUUUGCUACUCUGAUGACUGGCAGACGGAACCUGAGACAGAAUGGGUAGAUAUUUUUAGAGAGAUGGCAAUCAUGUUUGAAAGGGUUGAGCUAACAUCAGAACACGCCAUCAUUCUAUUCAUCUAUACCAAGCGAAUGAUAGAUAAUUCUGGUCAGCACCUUUUUGAUGGUAAUUGGCAAAGUAUCCUGAUGAUCUCACUCUUGACUGCAUUCAAAGUCUGGCAAGACUAUUCAGUCUACAACUCUGACUACUUGCAGAUUUUCCCUAACCUCUCUGUUGAAACGAUAAAUCAGAUGGAGGUACAAUUCUUAAAAUACCUCGGCUGGAACGUGAAUGUUGCAUGCUCAGAGUUUGCAAUGACUUAUUUUCAUCUAAGAGUUUAUAGUGAAUAAGCAAUAAAAAGUGCUUGUAUGCCUCUACUGGUUUUGACCAUAAUGGCAUUCAUGUAGUGAACAUAGAUAGACUCUGUUGCAUAUGUGUUUAAACGGCCCUUUGCUCUCAU